AUGAAUAACGCGUGCUCACAGUGUUCUGCAGCUUUGGAUACACAAGAUGGCCAUGACUUGUGCCUGCACUGUCUGGGCAUUGACCAUCUUAAGCAAGCUCUGACAGAGGAGGCUUGCGUGAACUGUAGCUGCAUGGCUUUAGCUGAGAGGAAGGCACGGCUAGCAGUGGCUGAGGGCAGUGAGUUGCCUCUCUCAGGGAGGCCAGUCUUGAGCCCAGUGAAGGGGGUGUCUAGAAGUAGGCGCACCUUCAAGAAAGCAGUGGCUUAGAAGCCAGAUGCUAGGAAGAGCCCGGUGGAGGAGCCUUCCAGAAAUAGGCGCUCGUUCACUGACCCAGUGGCUGAGAGGACCGACGCCAGUAAGGGCCGUCGGGGGACGGCUUCUGGGGAAGGCAAGAGGAGCCAUCAAGAGGCGACUAGUGGGGGAGCCACAGACGCAAAAAAGAGGCGUAGGGAAACCCAGCACCCUCCAUCGCCUACUCAGGCCCGGCACCCCCCGUUGCACGCGGGGCAAUCCACACCGCAGAGCCACACAGUGGAUUCACUAGCAGCUGAAUUUGCCCAGAUUAAGGCCCUCCUUUAUCACUUACAGCCUGGGACUACGGUGGCAGCAGGGGCUCCUACUACAACAGCUGCUACCCUAGCGCCCCAGCCACAAGCUAGACAGCUGCACUUCAAUCAGGCAGCGUGGGCGGCUAACCUGAGGGACGAGGACGCCCUGUCCAUUGCGGCCUCAGACACUCUUUUUGCAGAGGAGGUGUCAGAAUACGAGGGCCCGGAUGAGGAGGACCCUCGCUCAGAGGCAGGGUCCGAGGGAAGUGCUGCCCAGGAGGCUGGUAGUACUUCGGCCAUAGCAGACCUUCAGCUGGCCCUGUCACAGUUGGGCAUUGGCAAGCCUGAGGAAGAGGCCCAGCCUCCCAAUGCUUAUUUUGGAAAGGGUUCCGAACCUCCUUUCAGGGUACCACCUUCUAGCGCUUUCAUCGCAGAGCUACACUCGUGUUGGUCGGAUCCAAAAUUGGAUCGGUGCCCGUCCCAAGACUGCAGGACCAUGGGAGCCAUGGCGGGUGCUGCGCAGUUUGGGUUGGAACGUAUGCCAGCAGUAGAGAAUCCUGUUGCUUCCUUGGUGGUGUCACCUGAUGAGGCCCUCAGUCAGAAUCCUCGGUGCCCACUAGCACAAUGCAGGCUUACUGAUGAGUACAUCACUCAUGCCUAUGAGUCGGCAGCACGGGCGGCUCGCGUGGGCAAUUCACUUUCCCACCUUAUUCUGGCCCUGGAUAAGUCUAUUGCGGAUGCAGGGGCUGACCACGCCACGCAGAGCCUGAGUGAAGCCUCACUCAGAGCCUUCGCUUACAUGGCUAAGGACCUUGGGAAAGUGAUGUCGAACCUGACCCUGGCUCGUCGUCAGGUUUGGCUUGCCCAGGCCCCUGUGUCUCGACAGUGUAAGAAAAAACUCUGCAAACUGCCUGUCGUUCCAGGCCAGAUAUUUGGGGCCCCAGCUCAGGAGGCCCUGGACCGAUGCAUUGAGGCAGCGAAGGCCAAGCGUCAGUUCGCAGACUUGCGCCAGACACCGGCACAGCAUGCAAGGGGCAGGGACACUCAGCGUGGGGGUCAGAGCUUUCCAGCGACGGUUCGCUCCUCAUUCCCGCGGGGCCAGGUCCAGCGAGACCCUCCACUGCCUUCAUUUAAACAGCUCAGAGGCAGGGCUCCCAAACGUGGGGCCCCUGCCAACCGUGUGUCUAGACAUUCCACAGGCCGGGGGGGUCGAGCGUGACUCCCCCGACCUAGGCCCCAGCCGGUUCACCCCGGAACAUCUGAGCCGCUGGGAAGCCUUGACUUCGGACCCCUGGGUACUUUCCACCAUAUCCAGAGGUUACAGACUCCAGUUCAGAUGUCGACCCCCAAUGUUCACCGGGGUAACCGUGGUCGACGACCUGCGGCGGGCUCAGGCCCUCAGGCAGAAAAUUUCAGAGCUCCUAGAGAAGGAAGCCAUAGAGAGUGUACCCGAUUCAGCUCAGCUAGGAGGGUUCUACUCGAUUUAUUUUCUUAUUACAAAGAAGGAUGGCGGGUUUCGACCGAUCCUCGACCUCAGGAACCUGAACCAAUUCCUGAGGAUUUUUCGUUUCCGGAUGCUGCGCAGUGGACAUUCUGCAGGCUGUGGCAGCAAAGGACUGGUUCACAACUAUCGAUUUAAAAGAUGCCUAUUUCCACGUGCCAAUAGCGCCACACCACAGGCAAUUCCUCCGCUUCGCCUUCGAGGGGCAGGUGUAUCAGUUCCGGGUCCUUCCCUUCAGCCUCUCACUCAGCCCCCGGGUCUUCACCAGGUUCGUGGCAGCGGUGCUGGCCCCAUUGCAGGACAGGGGCAUGCGGAUUCUCCCCUAUUUAGACGACUGGCUGGUGUGCGCCUCGACCCAAGGGCAGGCACUCGACCACACAUCUACCCUUCUGGCUCAUGUGGCGCAGCUGGGGCUCACAGUAAACCUCGCCAAGAGCUCGUUGAUUCCCAGUCAGGACAAGGUUUUCAUUGGAAUUUCCCUCGACUCAGUGUCGAUGCUGGCCUAUCCCUCUCCACAACGAGUGGACAACAUUCUGGAGCUGGUGUCUCGUGUGAGGCGAAGCAGUACAAUCACAUAUCGUCUGCUCCUCAGGUUGCUGGGCAUGUUGAUUUCGGUAUCCAGGAUUGUGCCGCUGGGACUCCUGUCAGUGCGUCCACUACAGGUGUGGGUCAACAGUCUCGGCCUCGACCCCGGGAAGCACAAGGGGAGGCUGGUAAGGAUCUCCAGCCGGCACCGUCAAUUGUUAGAUCCAUGGAGACGAAGGGAGAGCCUGUGCCGGGGUGUCCCCUUGGGCUCGCUGCCCUCCCGUCGGGAACUAGUGGUAACGGACGCCUCCCUCUCAGGCUGGGGGGCCUUAUGGGAGCACAGGGCAGUCAGAGGGUCCUGGGGCCCUCUGGAGAGGCUCCAUCAUAUAAACGUGCUCGAGCUGCGGGCAGUGUACCUGGCCCUCAGACAUUUCCUUCCGGUCCUAAAAGGGAAACAUGUCCUUAUCAAAUCGGACAAUGCGUCGACAGUGUACCACAUAAACCAUCAGGGUGGCGUCAGGUCCAGGAAGUGUUUGCUGGAGGCCCAGAGGCUCCUCCAGUGGGCUUUUCCUCACUUUUGCAGUCUCAGCGCAAUGUAUCUACUGGGGGUCCUCAACCAGGCGGCAGAUAUGCUAUCCAGGCAGGCCCCUCCGCCGGGAGAGUGGAGACUGAACCCUUCCGUGGUCCAACAGAUCUGGGAAAGGUACGGGAGAGCAGAAGUGGAUCUGUUCGCUUCAAGCGAAUCAACACACUGCCAGCAGUGGUUCUCCCUAUCCGAUCCAGCCAGCCCAUUGGGACAGGAUGCGUUUGCUCACCCAUGGCCUCGAGACUGCCUUCUAUACGCCUUCCCUCCAUUUCCAUUGAUCAUGCUGACGCUUCACAGAAUAGCCGUGGGUGGUCAUACGGUGGUGCUGGUGGCUCCUCACUGGCCGGGGAGGGUCUGGUUCCCCAUGAUCAGGCAGCUUCUCGACGGAACACCCUGGGCCCUCCCGCGGAGACAAGACCUCCUUUCACAAGUGGCGGGCCGCAUUUGGCAUCCCCAGCCAGGUCGCCUUCAGCUUCAUGUAUGGCCCCUGAGGGGCCGGGGUCACUAUUAGAGUCAUGUGAUCAGGAAGUUGUCCAAGUCCUGCUUAAUGCCCAUGCACCCUCUACUAGGGUGCUUUAUGCCAACAGAUGGAGGCUAUUCUGUGCUUGGUGUGAGGCCCAGCACGUGGACCCAGUCAGGUGCUCGGUGCCCAUUCUUCUGCGGUAUAUUCACACGUUGAGGGAUAAGGGACUCUCGGCCUCUACAUUGAAGGUGUACAUUGCCACCAUUUCAGCUCGGCAUGUCCCGGUGGACGGUCGAACGGUGGGAGCUCACCCUUUGGUGAGCCGCUAUCUGAGGGGAGUGCUCAGAUUGCAUCCUCCAUACGCUACUAGAGUGCCCUCGUGGGAUCUGCCUAUUGUCCUGGAAGCCCUAUGUUCUGCUCCAUUUGAGCCACUGGAGCGGGCCAAUCUAAAGUGGCUGUCAGUUAAAACUGCCUUUCUCCUUGCAAUCACAUCUGCCAAGCGAGUGGGGGAACUACAUGCCCUUUCUGUAGCUAGGGACUGCGUAAGGUGGGCCUCAGAUGGCUCUUGCGUCACUUUGUGGCCUAACCCCUCUUUCCUUCCGAAAAGGAUUUCAGCCUUCCACAUUAACCAGCCUAUCACACUGUCAGCUUAUACCUCGCACCCAGGAUUGAGUCCCGAGGGGCGAUUGUGUCCAAUUCAUGCCUUGAGGCAGUAUAUUGAUGGCACGGCGGAGCUUCGGAAGUCGGACGCUCUUUUUCUCUGCUAUGGGGGGCAUAGAAAAGGUUAUGCUCUAUCUAAGCAACGUCUUGCUCACUGGAUUGUGGAUGCCAUUUCACAGGCUUAUGUACGCAAGGGACUGCCGGCCCCUCCAGUGAAGUGUCACUCCACCAGGGGGGUUUCCACCUCCUGGGCGGCAUUGAAGGGGGUUCCGCUGACCGACAUCUGUGCAGCGGCUACAUGGGCUUCCUCCUGUACGUUUGCCCGUUUCUAUCGGAUGAAUGUGGCUGCUCCUCAACUGGUCCAGAAGGCCGUGUUAUCGGCCUCUUCAACCUGCAACUGACGGUUGGUGAGUGCAGGUUCCUCGUGACCAUGUUGGUAUACGUUAUCCACCAGUGUUUAUACACUGCCUCUGGCGGUUAGAAGGAAUGAAAUAGAACGAGAGUUAUGCAUAUAACUAAGGUUCUAUGAAUACCGGAUAACCGCCAGAGUUAUCUGUCACUCGAAACCUCGGCGAAAAGAUUUUCACGAGGAAGAUCCUUGUGCGCGUCAUACCCAUAUAGACAACGUAAGCGUGCACGUACGGGCGCACAGGGUCACAUGUGACAAUGUUGACAUUAGAUUUCAACCUCUGCGCAUGCGCGCGAUGUUAUCCACCAGUGUUUACACACUGCCUCUGGCGGUUAUCCGGUAUUCAUAGAACCGUAGUUAUAUGCAUAACUCUCGUUCCACUAGUGUCCUUUUGUACCCUCGCACUGUCGUUGGCAGCCUGGAUGAGGUCCGGGUUGUCAGCCUGCCAGCUGGAGUUUCAGAGAUCCCUUCAGAUGUCGCCACGGUGGCUUCCCAGGCCGCGUCCGAGGCUGUGCCAGAUCAGGUUGGGGCCCUGGAUCUGUCAGCCUUGUCAGCCGAAGGCCGAGGGAAGGUGCAAACUCUUCUCAGGCAGUACUCCUCUGUCUUUUCAGCCCAUGAGGGAGACUUGGGAUGUACCAACCUGAUCAGUCAUGAUAUUCCUCUCUUGGACGACGUGCCCGUCAGACAGCGCUAUAGACGCAUUCCGCCGUCCGAGUAUGAGGUGGUUAAAGACCACAUUAACCAGCUGCUUGAAGUGCAGGUCAUACGAGAAAGUGGCAGCCCGUAUGGCUCCCCGAUUGUGUUGGUGAAAAAGAAAGAUGGCAGUCUACGCAUGUGCGUUGACUACCGCCAGCUCAACAGCAAAACCAGGAGGGAUGCUUUUCCCCUCCCCCGCAUCGAGGAAUCUUUGGAUGCCCUCACAGGGGCCCGCUGGUUUUCCACUCUCGAUCUGGCCAGCAGGUACAAUCAGGUUCCGGUCACUGAAGCAGACAGGCACAAAACCGCUUUUUGUACUCCCUUCGGCUUGUUCGAAUGGAACCGCAUGCCCUUUGGGCUCUGUAAUGCUCCCAGCACUUUUCAGAGGUUAAUGCAGCGACUGUUUGGUGAUCAACAAUGUCAGUCGCUGCUCCUUUACCUCGAUGACAUCAUGGUCUUCUCCUCCACAGUGGAGCAGCAUCUGGAGAGGCUGGAGGUGGUACUGGGGCGGUUACAAGAGCAAGGCCUCAAGGCCAAGCACAACAAAUGUGCAUUCUUCCAGCGGGAGGUUUGAUACUUGGGCCAUGUUGUUUCUGACCAGGGGGUAUCCACAGAUCCCAGCAAGGUCGAGGUGGUUGCCAACUGGCAGCCUCCUGCCACCAUUUCCGACCUACGCUCCUUUCUUGGGUUUGCCAGUUAUUAUCGGCGCUUUGUGGAGGGGUUCGCUAACUUAGCGGCCCCUCUACAUAAGCUGGUGGCCGAAUUAGCUGGUAGGAAGUCCAAGGGGGCGGAGCGAGCAGUCACAGAGCAUUGGUCAGAGGAGUGCCAGCGCAAUUUUGAAGCAUUGAAGACCAAACUUACCACGGCACCGGUGCUUGCCUAUGCCGAUUUCUCCUCUCCUUUCAUCUUAGAGGUAGAUGCAAGCUACGGUGGUCUUGGAGCUGUGCUCUCCCAGGAACACAAUGGGAAGGUCAGGCCCAUAGCCUAUGCAAGCAGGGGGUUGAGGCCCACAGAGCGCAACAUGUCGAAUUACAGUUCCAUGAAGUUGGAGUUUCUGGCUCUUAAGUGGGCUAUGUCGGAAAAAUUUCGCGACUACCUGCUUGGUCAUAAAUGCAUCGUAUACACCGACAAUAACCCACUCAGCCAUUUGUCUUCUGCUAAACUUGGAGCCACUGAGCAGCGUUGGGCCGCUCAGUUGGCUGCAUUUGAUUUUGAGAUAAAAUAUCGCUCUGGGAGAAGCAACAAAAAUGCUGAUGCCCUGUCUAGAAAGCACCAACCUGAACCACUGGACCUAGCCAUCAUGGCCCCUGGUACCUCGCUUCCUGAGCCUUUGCGGGUAGCUUUGCGGCACGAAACCACUCUAGCCACCCAAGCUACCAUUGCUGCUCUACCACACCAUUCCGGUCAUCCAGGAAGUUGAGGAGUUCUGGGGGCAGCAGCGGCGUCCAAACUAUCGGGAGCGGAAGCCCUUGUCCCAGCCGGCACUUACCCUCCUAAGCCAGUGGAGUCGACUGGUAGAUCAGGAUGGAGUCCUUUUCCGGCGUAUCUUCCGCCCUGAUGGCGCUGAAGCAGUUUUGCAACUCCUCUUGCCUGCUGCGCUGAAACAAGAGGUGCUGGCUCAGGUGCAUCAAGGGCAUGGACAUCAAGGUGUGGAGAGGACAUUGGAGCUGUUGCGUCAGAAGUGCUAUUGGCCUGGUAUGUCUGCAGAGGUGGCACAGUGGUGCAGAGAAUGUGAGCAGUGUCAAGUUGCCAAAGACACACACAGACCUGCUCCUAGCUUCAUGGGGCAUUUGACGGCUUCUUGUCCAAAUGAAAUCUUGGCUUCACUUUGUUGGAACCUAGCCAGAAUGGGAUGGAAAAUGUCUUAGUCAUGACUGAUGUUUUCAGUAAAUACACCUUGGCUGUUCCUACCCAGAACCAACGGGCCUCUAUGGUGGCUCAGGUUUUGGUCUCGGAAUGGUUCUAUAAGUUUGUGGUUCCUGCUCGUGUCCACUCUGAUCAGGGCCGCAACUUUGAGAGUUCCCUCAUUCAACAGCUCUGUGUCCUUUAUGGUAUUGUGAAGUCCCGCACCACUCCUUACCAUCCGGCCGGUAACGGCCAAUGCCAACGCUUCAACCGCACUCUUCACAACUUGUUGCGUGCCUUACCUGUGUCACGGAAACGAGAUUGGCACUCCUGUCUGCCACAGGUGCUCUACUCGUAUAACACAACCCCCCAUCAGUCAACUGGCGAGUCUCCAUUCUACCUGAUGUUCGGGCAAGAACCCAGGUUGCCAGUUGAUUUCCUUUUGGGCAGAGUUCCAGAACCUGUGGGCGGUGAGGUCCAUGAGUGGAUCUAAGAACAUCAAACCAGGCUCCAGCUUGCCUUUGAAGGGGCACGGGAAAGGAUAAAGCUUGCGGCCGAGCGCCGAGGGAAAAACCAUGAUCGUCAUGUCAGGGAAGACCCACUAAAGGUGGGACAACUGGUGUGGUUGCGUGACCAUAGUGCGAGAGGACGCCACAAAAUUCAGGAUCUGUGGGGCCCUGUGGUGUACAGAGUCAUACGGACGCCCCAACAGGGAGGUUCUGUGUACACCAUCGCACCAACUAGCGACCAGACUAAGGUUCGGCAGAUUCAUCGCAACCUGUUGAAACCUGUGGCCGGAGCUGCCCUUCAGGGAGGUGCAGUUUCCCUAUCCUCCCCUUCUCCUGAUCAUCCUCCAUCAGAUGAUGAGCGGUCAUGUGAUGGGGACCUGUUUGUCUUGGGGCCGGGAAUCCCUAUCACCGCCCCUGCUCGUACAGCUGUGGUCACUCAAACCACCCCUCGGUUGUUAUUGCCACCGCCGGACCACAUUGAUCCGGGGCCUUCCAGCAUCACCCCUGCUGCUACUGCAGUGGUCCAUGCAGUUCCUUUGGUGGGGCCCUCAACCAGUCAUUCUGGUGAAGGUGCAGUCCGCCGAUCAGCCAGGUCAACGGCUAGUCACCAUUCAAAUGUGCAUCACCUUCCGAGGCCCGUACAGGGUUUACCCCCUGCUCCAGUGUCCAGUGCCGUCACAGCAUUCUAUCGGCCAUGGGACUAGUAGUGCCAUUCCGUAG